CUACCGUGCCUGCACUUAUUCCUCUUUCCCACAUCUGCUUUUUCUUCCGUCAUGGUCGCGCAAACCCGCCACGGCGGCCAGACAUCUCCCGGGAAGCUCGCGUUCAAGGAGAAGCUCGUCACAAAGGGCACGACGACCGACGCUUUGCUCAAAAAGCUGAAGAAUUUACACGAGGAGCUCAGCGUGUUGGACCAAGACCGCGUUGACACCAAAUCACUCGACAGCGUCCGCAGGGAGCUCAUUCUCAAUUCUAUACUACACCACAAGGACAAGGGCGUCAGGGCCUACGCUGCCUGCUGUCUGGCUGAUGUUCUUGGCCUAUAUGCUCCAGAAGCACCGUACACCGUAACGGAGCUUGUCGAUAUAUUCCAGUUCAUCUUCCAGCAGCUCAAAUCUGGCCUCAAAGGAACGGAAGAUACGUACUAUAAUCAGUACUUUCACGUUCUCGAGUCCUUGUCAACCGUGAAGAGCGUCGUCCUCGUCUGCGACCUCCCAAAUGCCGAUGAGAUGAUGAAGCACAUCUUCAGCGACUUUUUCAUCAUUGUGCGACGCGACUUUUCUAAGCAGACAGAGAGUUUCAUGGGCGAUAUUCUUACCGCACUCAUUGACGAAUGCCACACCUUGAGUGCGCCCGUGCUUGAGAUACUUAUGGCUCAGUUCAUGGAUAAGAACGCGCAACCGGACCAGCCAGCGUACCGUCUUGUCGUGCAGAUAUGCAAUCAGACUGCCGACAAGCUGCAGCGACAUGUGUCCAUGUAUUUUACAGACAUCAUCGUAGCCAACUCUGGGGAUGAGGAAUUGAAGGAAGUCCGUAAAGCACACGAACUUGUCAAGCGGAUACAUCUGGCAUGCCCUACACUUCUUCACAGUGUGAUACCACAGCUCGAGGAAGAGCUGCGGGCAGAAGACGUUCAGCUCCGUUCCAUCGCCACGCAAGUUCUCGGUGAAGUGUUUGCUGACAAGGGUGGGUCCGAUCUCUCCAAGAAAUAUCCGACGACAUGGAGAGUAUGGUUAGCCAGGACAAACGACCGUUCUGUCACGGUCAGGCUGAAGGCUUUGGAGUCGUCACGAGCCAUCAUAUCCGGAGGAUUCCCGGAGAUGAGAGAAGCGGUACAAGAGCACCUGCAACAGAAACUUUUGGAUCCCGAUGAGAAAGUGCGCGCGGCUGUCUGCAAAAUUUAUGGUCAAUUGGACUAUGAGACAGUCGCUCAUCAUGUUACAGAAGCACAGCUCCGUGCUAUGGCCCAGCGCGCCAUUGACAAAAAACAAGUUGUACGAACUGAAGCUUUAAAGAGUCUCGGCAAGCUCUAUAAUCUCGCUUACCCUCAAAUUGAAAGCAAUGACCCUAUUGCUAUUUCCAAUUUCUCGUGGAUACCAAAUACUCUGUUUCCUUUGCUAGGCAUGAGCCACGAAGCCAAGCCUGCAGUCGAGCAAGCACUUGCAGAUUACAUAUUGCCUAUGCCUCGAUCUUCGCCGCCCGAAAAGGGUAAAUCUAGUGACAGUGAAAUUGAUGAGGUGCUCUGGACGGAUAGACUGCUCAACACGAUGAAGUUCCUCGUUGAAGAGCGCUCCAUCAAUGGCCUUCUUGCCUUCACGAAUUUGAAGUCAUCUCAGCCGGCUCACGUGCUAGCUUUUAUAGAUGCGUGCAUUCAGAAUAAUAACGGUAUCAUUGACGGCGACAAAGAAACUACAGAAAAGGUGAAAAGUGACUUGACCCGACGUGUCAAACAGCUCGCCGCUCUGUAUCCUGAUUCAUCAAAAGCUGCUGACGAUCUGUUCGGUUUCGCCAAGUUGAAUGAUCAAACAGCGUACAAGCUUCUGAAGAAGUGUAUAGAUCCCCAAACAGACUUUAAAACGCUUGUCAAGCGGAGAAGCGAAUUCCUGAAAAAAAUCAUAGAUAACUCUCCUGGUGUCGUGUCCACAAUGUCUAUUCUUCUGCGACGGACGACAUAUCACGUCGUUAAUCAGUCCUCCAUUCCUACUCUUCUGAAGCGUCUAGAAAAUGACCGAGGAAGAGAAGCAAAUGUGACUGCGGGUCAUAUACACACGCUGAUGAGAUAUAUCUCCAAGCACAUGCCAGCCAUCUACAAGUCCCACGUAAGCGCCCUGGUGAAAGCCAUUUCGGAUGAGGAUGCACCGCCCUUGUUGGUUUCGUCGGCCCUUCAAGCCCUAUCGAGCGUGAUUCAAUGGGAUGAAGAUCUGGCACUUAAGGACUCACAUACGAUAGACCGUAUCACUCGAUACGUCACAGGCCCCAGUUGGAAGCAGGCGAAAUUUGCUGCACGAAUACUUGCUUCUUGUUCCCGUCAGAGCGAAACCUGUACGGAAGUGGUCGAGUCAAUGGCCGACGGAUUGUCCGAUGCGUCGCCUGAACUCUUGAUAGCGCACAUAGCUGCUCUUGCACAGUUUGCACUGCUAGCACCGGAUGCCUUUGAGUCCAAAAGUGACGUAAUAACGGAGUUUUUAGUGAAGGAGCUUCUUAUGAUACCUCAGCUACCAGAUCCAGACGAUGAUGCGGACGAAGAAUGGGUGAACGAUGAUGCUAUGCCUGAUCUUCUUCGAGCCAAAAUCCUUGCCUUGAAGGUGUUUAAGAACCGCAGUCUGGCAUACGCCGACUCGGAUAAAGGACUGAUGGUGUCGGGGCCACCGUUGAAAAUCUUCAAACAGCUAGUUGAGAUGAACGGCGCGCUUUCUUCUGAUGUUGCAGAAAACCCCAAAUUUAUGGCACGUCUGCGUCUACAGGCAGCUAUUUCACUGUUACAAUUGUCGAGUGUCAAGAAAUACGAGACGUCUGUGGCAACGGCCUUUACUCGACUGACGUUAGUUGUUCAGGAUUCCUGCUACAAUGUGCGGUAUAAUUUCUUGCGGAAGAUCAUCAUUCUGCUGUAUGCCCAGCGUAUACCGAUUACUUUCAAUGUGGUACCAUUUUUGACGAUUCAUGAUCCCGAAGAAGAUAUUAAAUUAACUGCGACAUCAUAUAUAUCCACCGCCAUUCGAACAUUGCCGGCCAAUGUGCGGGUGCGCUAUUUUGACAUCAGUGUCAUUCGGCUGAUGCAUCUGCUUGCGCAUCAUCCCGACUUUUCAAUAGCCCUCGAAGACUUGCAAGAUAUUGGCAAGUAUCUCAAAUAUUUUGCCGAUCAAGUGGUCCAGGCAGAAAAUAUUUCCCUUAUCUAUCAUUACGCUUUGAAGGGAAAGACUGUCAGAGAUCUUGAGUCCGAAGAAUACAGCCAGAAUUUCUACGUAAUAUGUGAACUGGCGCAAGAGAUCAUUAGAGGCCGGGCCCGCCAUUAUUCGUGGAGUGUCCCAAGCUAUCCGGGGAAAAUCAAACUGCCGUCUGACAUCUUACGCCCCCAUGCGAGCCCCGAAGAUGCCAACAAAACAGCGAACACUGUUUACUUGCCAAAGGAAGUUGCAAAGUGGGCGGCCGAACUGUAUAAGUCUGCUCCUGCGGCAGUGAAAAAAAGAGCGCAAAAUCCCUACGAAACGCAAAGCCCCAGCCACAAAUGGAAAUGGACAUGCGAGGCGAACGAGGAAGAAACGUCGAUCCGAUGAUGAAUCUGAUGAGCCCGACGAGUCGGAGAGCUCAAGUGAUGUUGAGAUGGCUGAUGGUGCCGGUCCACUAGAAGAAUCAGAAGACGACGAAGAUGACCAUGAGUCUAGUGAAGAGGUCCUGGGACGGGGUGCUCGAAGUCGCGCUAAGAAGAAAGCUGCGCGGAAGGCGAAAGGUGCCAAGAAGCGCGCAUCUGAUGGUUGAGGGCUAGUUGUUGUAUUCUUAUUCCGUUCCUUCUACACGUUGUAUUAUUUUGUGCAUGCAUUUUUGUCUAUUUGAUCUGUUCUUCGCUCGCACUUUCUGUAUUUAUCUUGUUCUAUAUUAUUUAAUGUGGACCAAUGUACGAC